AUGUCCCACGAACAGCCCUACGACCCCUAUAUCCCUGCCGGCCAGGCUGGUGCCACCGCCGGUGCCUCCCAGCAGAAUGGAAACCAGCGCACCGCCGCGCUGCAAGCGCAAAUCGAUGACACAGUCGGUGUGAUGCGUGAGAACAUCACAAAGGUGUCCCAGCGUGGUGAGCGUCUGGACUCCCUACAGGACAAGACCGACAACCUGGCUGUAUCAGCCCAGGGAUUUCGUCGAGGUGCCAAUCGCGUGCGGAAGCAAAUGUGGUGGAAGGACAUGAAGAUGCGCGUAUGCUUGGUCAUCUGCGUGAUCAUCCUACUUGUGGUCAUCAUUGUACCCUCUGUUGUUGCGACACGGCAUUAA